AUGCCAUCCAUUGGUUCCGAGAGUUGCUGGACAACAAAGCGAAGAGGCCAUCUGAGCUUCGCGAUCGCCUCUUCGGCUCUUUGCGCAGGAGGCAAGUGGCAGCAGGCGCUCGAGGUCUUUGGUGCAGCUCACCGGGUAUGGCGAGGUGAUGCACCGCACUGCGUGGUAGCGUGGCUAAGUUUGGUGGACAUUUGUAACGAGUCUCAACAAGCACCCCUCCUGCAGCAUUGCCUCCAAACCGGGCUGCGAAUGCUUGAGAGUCAGUCGACAAUGUGGCCACAGACCAUGGAGACAAAGCAACAGGCAGUGCUGACGAGCUUGCGCCUUGACUCGCUUCGAGGUUAUCGUGUCACUCACAGCUCUCCUUGGCCUGGCCGUCGGAUUCUGUCUCCAGCACUUCGCGUGCUGCAGGGGAGCAACAGGCACUGCAAGGAGUUUUUGCGAUCCGAUGCGCCGCCGGCUCUUGGAAGCCAUGCAGUACGGGAGCUGGCGGCAUGCUGGGGCAUCCGUGGAGACGGCGUGCAUGUCCGACUCCUACGACAGAGGUUGCACCAUCAGGUGGGAGCAUCCUCUUGGGUGGACGCUGUCUCACUGGCAGAGAUGAUACAUGUCCGGAGGGUAUGGACGCAGGAUGUCCUCGCAGCGGUUUCAUAUCGCAUCAAAGGCUCGGGAGCAGCGCUUUGCUGCAUCAUUGAGUUUGUUCCUAGUGCAGAGCGGACAAAAGGGCCUGCUACCAUCCUGCGACCUGUGGACAAGCGCGCGGUGCCGCGCACGGCCUUGGACACGACAGGCGCAGUUUCGCAUGUGGACAAGAUACCAGGUGUGAGAGGCCUUCCACUCGGCCAGUGGGACAGGUCAGAGGUGCCCAAGACAAGUGUGGCAGCCAUGGACGGGGACCAGCUAACAGCGAUGAACAUGGAGUGGAAGGUGCUCAAGGAGCGAUUCUUCGCAGGGGAGCCCGUGGACCCCGUCUUUGAAGGAAUCGUGAAGGACUUCGUCUCCUUCGACUUGACCCUCCAGGACAUCUUCAAGAAGGUCGAAACCUUCAUGAGAGGCAUAGACAGUCUGGCAGAGGGCCUUGUGGUCCUCGCGGAGAGUGUUACCACAGGCCUGGCUUCCGUGGACGACUCGCUCAUCAAAGCUGACUGCUGCAAGAUGAAAGAGGCCACAAAUGCCAUCACACGUGCAGAUGCUCCUCACAGCGCUUUGGCGAAGCUUCGAAGAGACAUGGACUUCAACAUAAUGAACCCCUUGCGGUGUCAUGUCGUCAACAACCGCAACAUGAAGACCUACUUGGACAAGCGAAGGCGCCGGCUGCUGGAGUACAAUAUCGCAAAGCGAGAGAUGGAUGACUGUGUCAAGAAGAACUUGCACCAAACCGACCGUCGAUAUCUGGCUGCACAGUCGCAGCUCGAAUCGACCAAGUUGGCGUUCCACGAGGUGGACAGGCACAUUUUCGAGUGGCUUUACAUCAUGGAGGAGUACAAGGGAGACAUUCUGGACUCCUGCCUCCAGACCUUGAAGUACUUGCAGUACGAGUUCUUCGCUACAUCAGCUCACUCCAUCUCAGGUGUUCUUCCUGCGCGAAUGGAGUUUCGACCGAUGGUCGAGAUGACUCCAGAGCAUCUGGAAGCGCAGGUAGAGAUGGCCAUUCAAGAGGCCGAAGAGAAUCCCGAGGAGGAUGUCGUGACAGACUUCUCUGCGCGCCUGAUAGAGAAGUUGGCCAAGGAUAACAAGAAGAAGCCUGCCGAAGGUUUGGACUCGUGUGCAGAUGAAGGGCCCUCGGUGCCAGUUGACCCGCUGAGUCUUUCAUCGCUCCUAUCACAAGGAUUCGAGGAAGGUCCCGCCAGGCAGGCUCUGAGGAAGUUCAAGAACGACACUCAGGCCGCUCUAGACUUCCUCAUUGGCGGCGGAGAACAUGCUGAGGAGGAGCCAGACGAGCAAGUUCGGAUGCCAACGACAGUGCGGCGAGUCCAGAGGUUGAAAGAAAGACGGAAAGCUCAGCAGGCCAAGCGACAAAAGGAAGAGGAGGAGAGAAAGGCCAAGGAAGAAGGCCGAAGGACGGACAGACAAGAAGAGUCCAAGCCAUCGACUCCGCCGAAGAAAGAGCCACCGAAGCCUGAGCCGCAAGCUGUAGAUCUUUUAGACUUCAACAAUGCUGAAGAGCGCAAGGCCACGGGGCGAGGAGCGUCGUCCGGGGGUGCCUCCGAUCUGCUUGACUUGGACCUUGCGGCUUCGGCAGGGGCUCCCAAGGGAGGAGGCAAUGACUUGUUGGACCUGGCUGGCCUGGAUGAGCCUCCUCCACCAACCGAUUUCUCGAAACAGAUCGAAACUGUCCCUCUUCCGGAGCAGAUCACCCUGGACUUGUCGAAGUGUGAGAAAGGCCCUCUGGGACCGCCUUCCCAGUCAAGCGGCGGCUAUUUGGGUGACCUUGGUAGCCUGUGA